AUGGCACCCGCUCCGCGUCGGGACCUGCUCACCAAGGAACAUUUCGCAUUUGUCUUCGGCGGCGUCAAGACACAGAACUACCAGGACCCUGCUGCCAGAACCCCGGGAUCUCACACUCUUCGGACGUUGGCAUGGAAUCCUGCUGGCCAGCUGAUUGCGACUGGCUCCGCUGAUAAGACGUUGCGCAUUUGGAACCCCGAGCGCCCUGCUGUGAAAUACUCAACUGAGCUUCGCGGUCAUUCUUCUGCCGUCGAAAAGGUCCUUUUCAACCCUGUCCGGGAUGCCGAGCUGGCUAGUUGCUCCGCGGAUGGCACCGUGCGGUUCUGGGAUGUCCGAUCAAAGACCUGCGUUAGCCGUCUAGAUGUCGGCGGAGAGGCAUUCACGCUCUCCUGGUCGGCCGAUGGAAGCACCAUGAUUGUCGGAAGAAAGGACGAUACCCUAAUUCCCAUCUCUGUUCAAUCGCCUUCUUCCCCACAUAUUCUUACCAACGGAACAAGCGCCUUCAAUGGCCCUUCAAGUGACCUCGGCUCGAAGCCUGGUCUAUCAACAUAUACCGCACUCCCCUCUCAUCCCCAAUCCGUCCAAACAAACGCUACGACAUUUUCAAACCACAUUGCCACCCCCGACUCACCUGAUCUCCACUUAUUUCUCACAACCGGUGAAGGCCGCGUCAAAAUCGUCUCAUACCCUUCUUUCGACACAAUCCACACCCUAAACGCCCACACAUCCGCUUGCAAUGCCAUUUCUCUGGCCCCAACAGGCCGCUACCUGGCCGUGGGUGGUAGUGACGCUCUGAUCUCGCUAUGGGAUACAACAGACUGGAUAUGCCGCCGUACAUUAUCCAGCGAAAAUGGAGGUGCCAUCCGUGGCGUGAGCUGGAGCUUUGAUGGGCGGUUUAUUUGUGGUGCGUCGGAUGAGCCUGAUGCUACGUCGGGUGGAUUGGAAAUUUUCCACGCUGAGAGCGGGGAGAGUGUUUAUACUGUUCCAACUGCUGGAACUAGGGCUGGGAUUCCUGCUGUUGCCUGGCACCCAUCGAGGUAUUGGUUGGCCUACUCGACUACUAACGAUGGGCCUGGCAGUGGAGGUUCUGGGGGGCUUAAGAUUGUUGGUGCAGCAGGUGGAGGUCUUUGA